AUGGAAGUCAACAAAAAUACGUUUAUCAAAAAAGCAGCAAGAACUAAUCCAACAACUUCCGAGCUCCGGAAGCCCAGCGCUGACGAUGGAGCUAAAGUCGAUCCGAAGACAUGGUAUCAAGCCCGCAGCGAGCUGUACAGUUCGACAAGUAAACUGGAAGACUUGCUGGAUAUUGCGGAAAAAAGUACAACGCAACCCGAGCAGUCGACAAGCGAGUGGCAGACAGCUGUGCUAGCAUUGCAAGAAGCCGAAGAAACAUGCCGUGUGUUGCGCAUAAUCCAGAGUGUAUGCCGCAGACUGGAAAAAUGUCAGGACGUGCUAGCGAAGAAGAAAUUCGCCGAGACGGCGAACGAGCUGGUAGAACUGAAACGCCAGCUGAACGAUUUGGCCCGCGAAGAACGCUACGGAUUGAAGAUGAUCAGUGGAUUAAAAGCACGUCGUAUUGAGUUAAAUUCCGCUCUGACGCUGGCUAUUGAGCAACAUUGGAAGGUGGUCUGCGAUGCCGCUGCGCAAACGCAGACCCUGUUCAUUGUGCCGUGGCGUCCUUCUGCGGAACAGAUGGAUAGCGCCUCAAUUUUGGAUGAAGUAUAUCAGAUCUUGGACUUUUUACAAACGAAUCUUUUUGUAUUGGGGUCAUCCCUGAAUCAGGAUAUGAUUUCCGUGAUCCGGAACCAGACUGGAUGCAAACUGACGCAGUCCAUCCGCAAUGAUGCGGUUGCUCUACGAUUACCUACUGAAUUCGAACAAUUUAAUGAGACGGUUAUGGUUGACGAAAAAAUACCGCAUAAAGGAAGAUAUUUUGCGGAUUUUGCAGCCGAUGUCGAUCAGUCGAUCGCUGUCGGAAAUCAUGGAAAGCUCUGCAAAACUUUUGCAAACCGCUCAAUCCUGUGGUUUAACCAAAGUGUCCCUUCCGGCAAUAAGGAUGCAUUUUCACUUUGGCUGGAGCUUGUGCCUUACCAUUUUCAGGAACGCUUGAUUACCGUACCUGUUCUUAGUGCGCUUUAUUUCAGCAGCUGCAUUCAUGGAUCUUUGCAUUUGUACAUUCUUAACAGGAUGAUCCAGCGAUCGACCAUAGAUCGAAGGAAUAUCAACAGCACAGCAUUUGCCGAUUUGGUUUUGAAAUUCCGAGCCAAAGCGUACGAGGUUUUAGAAGCUGCGGUUGCGAAAUCGUGCAAAGAUAUUCAAGAAGCGAUAAAUGCCGGGCCGACAGGCUAUCCAAAAUUGCAGUUCCGAAAAUUUGAUGACAUCUUGAACCGCUCGCAUGUAAAGCGAGGACUGGAUCUUGUGCAGCGGUUAUCAACAGUUUGGAGUGAAAUACUUCCUUUGAAUCGUUUUCCUGCAAGCAACCGGAAAGUUAUAGAUGCCGUAUUGACAGACGUGUUUAAUAAACUUAUAGCAGUAGAGGAUAUCAAUGCAUCGGAUUCGGCAACGUUGUGUGGUCAUUUUAAGUGGAUCAUGUCGGAAUCUGAAAAACUGCUCAAGGUAGAUAAAAGAUGCGGAUGUGGUUCCUUCAAAUACGUUUCGGGAUGGCUGCGCUGUCUGGAAGUCAUAUUUGUGCUGGACGCGUCCAUGUCGCAGAUUAUGGAACGAUGGGCGGAUGGUAAUGGCCCGUUGGCGGAGCACCUCGCGUCGGAUGAAUUAAAGAAACUGGUCCGAGCCCUUUUUGAAAAUAAUGAUAAACGCGCCCGAUUACUUGCUGUGAUUCAUUGAUGGUUUAGAUGCGGCAUGGUGUGCCAAAAGUCUUUCUGUCGACCCUGUCUUGCCGGUUUUUUACUUCUCUUUCGAUUUGUAUGCCUUCUAUAAGAAUUGCAUUUGCAUUGUUGGCUUUUUUUCUCUGACUUUUUCCGUUCGUACUUUGUUAAUUAAUCAGUUUAAAACCAGAAAUUGAUGCGAAAGUUGUGAUUGCGUUGUGCUGCUUACCUGCUAAGUGCUUUGUUAAUUGUUACUGAAUACAUGGAUCAAUGAAAUAACGUGAUCAUGGAAGCAAAAGUG